GGGCGGUGUCGCGGCCGCAGGCUGGGUGUGCGCCUCUCGUCUUUUCCAGGGGUCCGGGAGCUGCGCGGGCCCCGGGGUCCAGCGGCGAGACGUUCUCGGGCUGUAGACAGUGGAGGCGGUCGGGAGAAACUCAUCUCUAAGUCGUAAGGAGGAACAGCAUUCAUUUUCUUAUUGCCACUGGAGGUUUUUCAUGAGUUUACCAACGCAGUGAUUCGGCUUUUUUUUUUUUUUUUAAAUCUUAAAGGAUCACGAUUUAAAUCUCUGUAACAAAGUAAUUAUUUGGACCGCUCUCUACGCCAUUCUCUAACAAAAGAACCCUGUGGCUCUCAGAAAAUAAUAGCCCUUUGUCUGCCUUUGAAAUAGUUAUCCUUAUGUGACUGUUCAGAAAUUCCUUUCUUAAUUUUGUAGCAGAACGUAGCUGUGAUGAUCUGAAUUUUUGUCUUUCAGCUUGUUAUGAAGACGAAGGGGAGGCUGUUCAAGAAAGCCAAUUAAUUUUGUACACGUAAUACUUAUUAUCUUCUAAUAAUUGGAUCAGAAGAUGAAUCCAACUAAUCCUUUCAGUGGGCAGCAGCCUAGCGCUUUUUCAGCAUCUUCUAGUAGUUCCAUAACAACAUUCCCAUCCAAGGCGCCGUUUCGAUUUGGUCAACCUCUUUUUGGACAAAACAGUACCUUAUGUGGGAAGAGCUCAGGAUUUUCACAGGUAUCCAGCUUUCCAGCGUCUCCCGGAGUAAGUCAUUCCUCUUCAGUGCAAACAUUAGGGUUCACCCAAACCUCAACUGUUGGACUCUUUUCUGGACUUGACCACACAUCCACCUUUGUGGCUACCUCUGGGCCUUCAACUUCAUCUGUGCUGGGAAACCCAGGAUUUAGUUUUAAAUCACCCACCAGUGUUGGGGCUUUCCCAAGCACUUCUACUUUUGGACAAGAAGCUGGAGAAAUAGUGAGUUCUGGUUUUGGGAAAACAGAAUUCGGCUUUAAACCUCUGGAAAACGCAAUGUUUAAACCAAUAUUGGGGGCUGAUGCUGAGCCAGAGAAAACCCAGAGCCAAAUUGCUUCUGGGUUUUUCACAUUUUCCCACCCAAUUAGUAGUGCAGCUGGAGGCCUGACCCCUUUCUCUUUUCCUCAAGUAACAAGUAGUUCAGCUACCAAUUCAGAUUUUACUUUUUCAAAACCAGUUAGUAGUAAUAAUUCAUUAUCUGCUUUUACCCCUGCUUUGUCAAAUCAAAAUGUAGAAGAAGAGAAGAGAGGACCUAAGUCAGUAUUUGGAAGUUCUAAUAACAGCUUCAGUAGCUUCCCUGUGUCGUCAUCUGCAGUUUUGGGUGAACCCUUCCAGGUCAGCAAAGCAGGUGUCAGGCAGGGGUGUGAAGAAGCUGUUUCCCAGGUGGAACCACCUCCCAGCCUAAUGAAAGGCCUGAAAAGGAAGGAGGACCAAGAUCGCUCCCCAAGGAGACAUGGCCAUGAGACAGAAGAUUCUGAUCCUCUGUCCAGGGGGGAUCAUCCUCCAGAUAAACGACCUGUCCGCCUGAAUAGACCCCGGGGAGGUACUUUGUUUGGUCGGACGAUACAGGAUGUUUUCAAAAGCAAUAAAGAAGUAGGUCGCCUGGGCAACAAGGAGUCCAAAAAGGAAAUUGGCUUUGUUGAGUCUGGAGAAAGUGACCACAUGGCUACCCCAGGAGGGUGUCAGUCUCUCCUGGCACCUUCCCGGAUUCCAGGUUUGAAUAAAGAGGAAGAAACUGAAAGUAGAGAGAAAAAAGAAGAUUCUUUAAGAGGAACUCCUGUACGUCAGAGUAAAAGAAGCGAGAGCACAGAUAGUCUUGGGGGCUUGUCUCCCUCUGAAGUCACAGCAAUCCAGUGCAAGAACAUCCCUGACUACCUGAACAACAGAACCAUCCUGGAGAACCAUUUUGGCAAAAUUGCUAAAGUGCAGCGCAUCUUUACCAGGCGCAGCAAAAAGCUCGCAGUGGUACAUUUCUUUGAUCAUGCAUCUGCAGCCCUGGCUAGAAAGAAGGGGAAAAGUUUGCAUAAAGACAUGGCGAUCUUUUGGCACAGGAAGAAAAGCCCCAAUAAGAAACCCUUUUCCCUGAAGGAGAAGAAGCCUGGUGAUGUUGUAGUCAGCCCGAGCCCGGAAGACACACCGUUUCAGCACUCGCCUCUUGGCAAGGCCGCAGGGAGGGCUGGUGCUAGCAGCCUGCUGAAUAAAAGCUCUCCAGUGAAGAAGCCAAGUCUCCUAAAGGCCCACCAAUUUGAGGGAGACUCUUUUGACUCUGGCUCUGAGGGCUCCGAGGGCCUCGGGCCAUGUGUGCCCCCCGUCAGCGCCCUGAUAGGCACCGUGGCUGAGACGUCCAAGGAAAAGUACCGCCUGCUUGACCAGAGAGACAGGAUCAUGCGGCAAGCUCGGGUGAAAAGAACCGAUCUGGACAAAGCAAGGACUUUCGUUGGAACCUGCCUGGAUAUGUGUCCCGAGAAGGAACGGUACAUGAGGGAGACCCGAAGCCAGCUGAGCGUGUUUGAAGUGAUCCCUGGGACUGACCAGGUGGACCACGCAGCAGCCGUGAAAGAGUACAGCCGGUCCUCAGCUGAUCAGGAGGAGCCUCUGCCCCACGAGCUGCGGCCCUUGGCAGUGCUCAGCAGGACUAUGGAUUACCUGGUGACCCAGAUCAUGGACCAGAAGGAGGGCAGCCUGCGGGACUGGUACGACUUCGUGUGGAACCGCACACGUGGCAUACGGAAGGAUAUCACGCAGCAGCACCUCUGCGACCCGCUGACGGUGUCCCUGAUUGAGAAGUGCACCCGAUUUCACAUCCACUGUGCCCACUUCAUGUGUGAGGAGCCCAUGUCUUCUUUUGAUGCCAAGAUCAAUAAUGAGAACCUGACCAAGUGCCUGCAGAGCCUGAAGGAGAUGUACCAGGACCUGAGAAACAAGGGCGUCUUCUGUGCCAGCGAAGCGGAGUUCCAGGGCUACAAUGUUCUGCUCAGUCUCAACAAGGGAGACAUUCUAAGAGAAGUACAACAGUUCCAUCCUGCUGUUAGAAACUCCUCCGAGGUGAAAUUUGCUGUUCAGGCUUUUGCUGCAUUGAACAGUAAUAAUUUUGUGAGAUUUUUCAAAUUGGUCCAGUCAGCUUCUUACCUGAAUGCUUGUCUUUUACACUGUUACUUUAAUCAGAGCGCCUUCUGGUGGGCUGAGUCCCAGGAGGAGCCCAUGUCCCCACGCUGGCCGAUCCUGUGGUCACAGGCUGACUGCAUUUGUCUGAUUGGGCCUUUCUCUGAGACUGCAGUCAUUGGCUGCUCCUUUCAGAUCCGCAGGGAUGCUCUCCGGGCGCUCAACUUUGCAUACACAGUGAGCACACAGCGAUCUACCGUCUUUCCCCUGGAUGGCGUGGUGCGCAUGCUGCUGUUCCAAGACUGCGAAGAGGCGACUGACUUCCUCACCUGCCACGGCCUCACCAUUUCUGAUGGCUGUGUGGAGCUGAACCGGUCUGCUUUCCUGGAACCAGAGGGAUUAUCCAAGACCAGGAAGUCAGUGUUUAUUACCAGGAAGCUGACGGUGUCCAUUGGGGAAAUUGUGAAUGGAGGACCAUUGCCCCCCGUCCCUCGUCACACCCCUGUGUGCAGCUUCAACUCCCAGAACAAGUACGUUGGGGAGAGCCUGGCCACAGAGCUGCCCGUCGGCACCCAGAGACCCGGCUCGGACACAGUGGGUGGAGGGAGAGGAGAGGAGUGUGGCCUCGAGCGAGAUGCGUCCCUGCCCAGUCUCCUGCAGCCUCUCCCUGCCCCUGCGCCCUCGCCAGUGCCUCUGCCUCCCAUCCUGGCACUGAACAUGUCUGGGGCGCCUGGCCUCUUCCAGCCCCCUGUGCAGCCUGAGUUGCCUCCUCCAGAGCCCGUGCCCGUGUACUCUGAUGAGGACCUGGAACAGGUGGUGGAUGAGCUCAUCCAGGAGGCUCUGCAGAGGGACUGCGAGGAAGUCGGCUCUGCAGGCGCUGCCUACGUGGCUGCUGCUCUGGGUGUUUCUAAUGCUGCUGUGGAGGAUUUGUUAACAGCUGCAACCACAGGCAUUUUGAGGCACAUCGCAGCCGAAGAAGUGACUAAGGAAAGGGAACGAAGAGAGCAGGAGAGGCAGCGGGCUGAAGAGGAAAGGUUGCAGCGGGAGAGAGAGCUGGCGUUAACUGAGCUGAGCCAGGGCCUGGCUGCAGAGCUGAUGGAACAGGUGAUGAUGGAGUUUGUGAGGGAAACCUGCUCUCAGGAGUUGAAGAAAGCAGUAGAGACAGACCAGAGGGUCCGCAUGGCCCGUUGCUGUGAGGAUGUCUGUGCCCACCUUGUGGACUUGUUUCUCGUGGAGGAAAUCUUCCAGACUGCAAAGGAGACACUCCAGGAGCUUCAGUGCUUCUGCAAGUAUCUGCAGCGGUGGAGGGAAGCUGUUGCAGCCCGGAAGAAACUGAGGCGCCAGAUGCGGGCUUUCCCUGCUGCGCCCUGCUGCGUGGACGUGAGCGACCGGCUGAGGGCGCUGGCGCCCAGCGCAGAGUGCCCCAUUGCUGAGGAGAACCUGGCCAGGGGUCUCCUGGACUUGGGCCACGCAGGGAAAUUGGGCAUCUCCUGCACCAGGUUAAGGCGGCUCAGAAAUGAGACGGCUCACCAGAUGAAGGUUCAGCACUUCUACCAGCAGCUGCUGAGCGACGUGGCGUGGGCGUCUCUGGACCUGCCAUCCCUUGUGGCUGAGCACCUCCCUGGGAGGCAGGAGCAUGUGUUUUGGAAGCUGGUGCUGGUGUUGCCGGAUGGAGAAGAGCAGUCCCCAGGGAGUCCUGGCAGAAUUCUGGCAAAUUGGUUGAAAGUAAAGUUCAUGGGAGAUGAUGGCUCAAUGGAUGACAUGUGCAGCGAUGCUGGUGGGAUUCAGACGCUUUCGCUUUUCAACUCGCUUAGCGGCAAAGGGGAUCAGAUGAUUUCUGUAAACGUGUGUAUAAAGGUGACCCAUGGCGCCCUCAGUGAUGGCGCCAUUGAUGCUGUGGAGACACAGAAGGACCUCCUGGGAGCCAGUGGGCUCAUGCUGCUGCUUCCCCCCAAAGUGAAGAGUGAGGACAUGGCAGAGGAGGAUGUGUACUGGCUGUCGGCCUUGCUGCAGCUCAAGCAGCUCCUGCAGGCCAAGCCCUUCCAGCCUGCACUUCCGCUGGUGGUUCUUGUGCCCAGCUCAGGAGGGGACGCCGUUGAGAAGGAAGUAGAGGAUGGUCUGAUGCUUCAGGACUUGGUUUCAGCUAAACUGAUUUCAGAUUACACUGUUAUGGAGAUCCCUGAUUCCAUUAAUGAUCUACAAGGUUCAACUAAGGUUUUGCAAGCGGUGCAGUGGCUGGUUUCCCAUUGCCCCCAUUCCCUUGACCUUUGCUGCCAGACUCUCAUUCAGUACGUCGAAGAUGGGAUUGGCCGUGAGUUUAGUGGCCGCUUUUUCCAUGACAGAAGAGAGAGGCGGCUGGGUGGCCUUCCUUCGCAGGAGCCUGGCGCCAUCAUUGAGCUGUUUAACAGUGUGCUGCAGUUCCUGGCUUCCGUGGUGUCCUCUGAACAGCUGUGUGACCUGUCCUGGCCUGUCACUGAGUUUGCUGAGUCGGGGGGCAGCCGGCUGCUUCCUCACCUGCACUGGAAUGCCCCAGAGCACCUGGCCUGGCUGAAGCAGGCUGUGCUCGGGUUCCAGCUUCCGCAGAUGGACCUUCCGCCCCUGGGGGCCCCCUGGCUCCCCGUGUGCUCCAUGGUUGCGCAGUAUGCCUCUCAGAUCCCCAGCUCAUGCCAGACGCAGCCUGUCCUCCAGUCCCAGGUGGAGAACCUGCUCCGCAGAACCUACCGUAGGUGGAAGAGCAAGAGCCCCUCCGCAGUCCAUGGGGCAGGCCCCUCCGUCAUGGAGAUCCCAUGGGAUGAUCUCAUCGCCUUGUGUAUCAACCACAAGCUGAGAGACUGGACACCCCCCCGGCUUCCUGUUACAUCAGAGGCACUGAGUGAAGAUGGUCAGAUAUGUAUAUAUUUUUUUAAAAACCAUUUGAAAAAAUAUGAUGUUCCUUUGUCCUGGGAACAAGCCAGAUUGCAGACACAGAAGGAGCUACAGCUGACAGACGGACGUUUGGGAAUAAAGACUUUUCAUGCUUCUGCAAACAAUUUUCCCAUACCAUUGCUUCACAUGGACGGUAACUGGAAGAGGAGCACAGAGUGUGGUCGAGAAGGGAGGAUUCCCAGCACAGAGGAUCUGAUGCGAGGAGCUUCUGCUGAGGAGCGGCUGACACAGUGUUUGUCAAGCAGUCUGCUGCUGGAGAAAGAGGAGAACAAGAGGUUUGAAGAUCAACUUCAGCAAUGGUUGUCUGAAGACUCAGGAGCAUUUACGGAUUUAACUUCCCUUCCCCUGUAUCUUCCUCAGACUCUAGUGUCUGUUUCUCACAAUAUUGAACCUGUGAUGAAAACAUCUAUAACUACUAGCCCACAGAGUGACAUGACAAGGGAGCAACUGCAGCUGUCAGAGGUGACAGGAACAUGUCUGACCGAACAGCUAAAGCACCUGGAAAGGCUGAUCCAGAGUUCAAGGGAAGAGGAAGUUGCCUCUGAGCUCCAUCUCUCAGCAUUGCUAGAUAUGGUGGACAUUUGAGCAGCCUGACUUGUGGGGAGGGGGGGGUCUCUCCAGAAGAGUUUGUUUUUACUCAAAAUAAUGUUAUUCUCAGAUGCUUGAUGCACUGUUGGAAGUGUGAUUAUUAAUCAUGCAAAUAUACCAUUUAAAUGUCAAA